UAUGUCCGUUAUCAGACGGCGGCCUUCGUGAUUAGCAUAAUCAAGUGCAUAUGUCGUGCGAACUACCGGCACUCAAAUGUUCCGUCAAAUAUUCUCACUACCAAACUACAUAAUACUGACAUUGUUGCUGUUAAUAAAUGUAGACGCAAAGGAGAUAUCUCAAAGCAAGUUAGGUGAUCUCAGCCUGCCGGGCUUUCAUCCAUCGCGUAUAUCGCGGAGUUUGAAUACGGUAACGGAACCACGUGGUACUUCCACAUCCAUUCGGGUGCAACCAUGCAGUCCAGACGGAUGGACAUCGGCCGCCGGUACGGGAUUUUGUGUUCCCACUCAAGGAUUGCUAAGAUUUUGUGGUCAGAUGGAAGUCAGUAUAGCGGAGCGAGAUUGCCAACAUGUGGACGGAAAGUGGUGUUGUUACAAACCAGCGCCAUCUGUACUACAACGUAGUAGAUUCAGUUCCAAUAUUCGCUCCCUACCGACACUCGCCUGCACACCGGAUACGCACCCAUGGAUUGGCAAGAAGGGCUUUUGUGUACCGACUGACCAAUUGGACACCUACUGCGAAACUCUUGAAGCCAGUGCGUCAAUUAGACACUGCCCCGGAAACGACAACUGGUGCUGUUACGAUCCAGCGCAACCCCGGGCGCUGUUGAUACAGCCCUGUACACCUGACCUUCCGGUAGAGAAUGAUGCGGGAUUUUGUGCGCCUACAGAUAUGCUUAAGACGUACUGCAAUGAGUUGGAAAUAAGCGCAUCCAGAGACUGUCAGUCGUAUUCGGGAAACUGGUGCUGUUACCGAAAUAGACAGACUGCCCUGUAGUUUUUCCUAAUUUUUUGUUACAGUUCAUGUUUUUAUGUAUUCUGUAGUCUGUGUAUACAUGAAAUCACACUGGAAAAACGUGCGUUUUCAUUUAUGUUUAAACGUGUGUAUGUCCUUUUCGUGCGUCUAAGUUUAUUUUUUGUAUUUCUUUCGGAAA